UGCACAACAUAUUCCGCAUUCAUGCAGGAUUAGGGUUCAAGGAAGAGCCGCACCUCAAGGGUAUAAUCAAAAUACAAGUUCAAAAUCUAGUUAAGCCAAAGAAUAUAAUGGCAACAAGGGCAAAGGAGACUGCUCCAGCAGGAAAGGAGAAGAGAGGGGUAUCUCCAUCACAUCCCAUUCCUAAUUAUAUGAGAAGUCCUAAUUCAUCAACUACAAACUCUCCGGUGCGGAAGCGAGCAGAUUCAACUACAUCAAACAAGAAUGUUCCCAACUAUCUCAAGCCUACAAUGUCUUCAUCAGGUGAUCUCAACAUUCACAAUAAACCUACUCUAGAUCGAAGAAGAUCAUUCGAUAAGCCUCCUCUUGCUACUUUGCAAAAAAGCGCUAAUCCUAAAGAGAGAAUUCUUCGGUCAUCCUCAUCGUUUUCAGGCAAAAGUUCAACAUCCCAGAAACCCACGACGGAUAGAUUAUCCAGAGCAUCUCAUAUGAGUAAGGAUGCCACCAGUAAACAACGUGGCACUAGCACGAAUGCUAGACCAGGGACAAUAAAGAAGAGCACAACUACUGGCAUAAUCUCCAAGAAACAGGAGGCUGGCAGGACUAUUCAUAAUGGCACACACAAAACAAGAAAUAAUCAAGAUGGUCACAAUAGUUCAACACCAAAAGCAUCAAUAACUAAUUCUUCUCAUGCUGUGGAGGAUGCCAUUCUGCAGGCUGAAACUGAUGAAGACGACAUAUACAAGUCGAGCAACGAUCAGGAUAGUCACAAUGAUUUAACACCUAAAGCAUCAGUAAUAACUGAUUCUCUCCAUGCAACUGAGGAUGUUAUUCCUCAGGCUGAACUAUCAGAGCAAGAAGAUAAUGAAGAAUUGCCAGUCACUGAUACUGAAAGUGACGUGAUCAUUGACCACAGUGAAGCUGCUGCUUCUGAUGCAGGAGAAAACAAUUCAGCCAUUGAAGAUCAAGAAGAGCAUAAUGGAAAUGUAAUCAAUGCUGAAACAGAUCUGGAGAACCAAGAAACCAAUAAGAUGGAAGAAUCAGAAGAGAAACAACUUGUUGAAGAAACCAGCACCAGCAACACUAUGGAACCAGAAGAAAUUACCAAUGAUCCUAACAAACAUCAUCUUGAAGAUAACACAGUAAAAGUAGAGGAUGAGACUCAAGAAGUGAAAGAAGAGGAUGGAGGAAGAAACCAAGGAAAGGAAACUGUAAUGGAAGAGGAGCGUGAAGCAGUGCAGCAGACUAAUACUAUUGUAGCUUCAUCAAGACCUCAACGUCAAGUGGUGCAAGGGAAGAAGGAAUCCGUGGUCUCCAAUAAUGUGAUUGAAGAGACUGCAAGUAAGCUUAGAGAGCAAAGAAAGAACAGAGUGAAAGCACUGGCUGGUGCCUUUGAAACUGUCAUCUCCUUGCAGGAGCCCAAGGCGUAAAUUAGAACUUAAAACUGGACAUGCUUGGAGUGAAAGAUCAGAGUCAGACACGAUGCUACAGUAUGGCCGAUAGGGAAUGGGUCGGAAAGGUAUUCCAUAAGUAAAUUUUAGGAACAUACAAUUCUUUCACAAAAAAAAAAAGAAAAAAAAAAGAAAAGGAUGAAAGUUAAGAAAAAAGAAAUCCAAAGAAAAAAAGGAAUAGGACAUAUAUGUGGUUUUAUUUUGUAUUGCUUUAGAGCUUUUAUCUUAAACGGCUCUGUACAGAAGUACCAGAGAGAGAAAAAAAACUGGUGAUUCGUGUAUAAAUCAGAUUUGUAUACACAUGUAAUAUUUCCCUUUGAAUUUGCCACAGGUUCUGGUGGUCAUGAAAUUUAUUUUAUAGGAUUGUUGAUGGCCAAAAAUGGUAAUGUAUCAGAUCAAAUGAUAAAUCAAAAUAUCAUUGAAUGAUUAUCAACUGCUAUUAGAGUA